AUGGCGGUGAGUGGCAUGGUUAGUGAGUGUUAUAACAUGGCGGUGAGUGGCAUGGUUAGUGUGUGUUAUAACAUGGCGGUGAGUGGCAUGGUUAGUGAGUGUUAUAACAUGGCGGUGAGUGGCAUGGUUAGUGAGUGUUAUAACAUGGCGGUGAGUGGCAUGGUUAGUGAGUGUUAUAACAUGGCGGUGAGUGGCAUGGUUAGUGAGUGUUAUAACAUGGCGGUGAGUGGCAUGGUUAGAGUGUGUUAUAACAUGGCGGUGAGUGGCCUGGUUAGUGCGUGUUUUAACAUGGCGGUGAGUGGCAUGGUUAGUGCGUGUUAUAACAUGGCGGUGAGUGGCAUGGUUAGUGUGUGUUAUAACAUGGCGGUGAGUGGCAUGGUUAGUGUGUGUUAUAACAUGGCGGUGAGUGGCAUGGUUAGUGUGUGUUAUAACAUGGCGGUGAGUGGCAUGGUUAGUGUGUGUUAUAACAUGGCGGUGAGUGGCAUGGUUAGUGUGUGUUAUAACAUGGCGGUGAGUGGCAUGGUUAGUGUGUGUUAUAACAUGGCGGUGAGUGGCAUGGUUAGUGUGUGUUAUAACAUGGCGGUGAGUGGCAUGGUUAGUGAGUGUUAUAACAUGGCGGUGAGUGGCAUGGUUAGUGAGUGUUAUAACAUGGCGGUGAGUGGCAUGGUUAGUGAGUGUUAUAACAUGGCGGUGAGUGGCAUGGUUAGUGAGUGUUAUAACAUGGCGGUGAGUGGCAUGGUUAGAGUGUGUUAUAACAUGGCGGUGAGUGGCAGUGAAUGUGAGUGUAUAACAUGGCGGUGA